AUGGCAGCGGUUACCCCGACGUAUCAUCAAAACAACGCCAUCUUGCAAGAACUGAGGCGUCUCAGGCGUGGAGACCACGAGUCAACCAUUUACGGAAUCUGGAACUCCAUUCUCUCCCUUCAAUUCCCCAUCACACAAGGAUACGUGACCCGUCCCCAAGACCGGCACACCGACCAGGCUGGAAAAAAGGGGUUCUCCGAUCUGCACGUGUUCCAUUAUCGCGGCGCUGCCUCAACUGCAACGAAGUUUUUAAUCGUGCAGUGCAAGAGAAUAGGGGACGAGGGCAAGAAGUCGGUCUGGAAACAGGCCAUCGGCCAGCUGAACCGGUAUCUGGGAGCCACGCAUGGUCGGCGGCCCCGAGCCAACCGUACCGCUGUGUACGGGAUCGCCGGUAUUGGCAAAGAAAUGCGGGUCUUUAAGUACGACGAUGUCAAACAGAGAGUAUUCGAAUGGGCGCCACAUGGUUGGCUUAGGGGCUCUAAGUUUCACCUUGAGAAUAACCGCGUGAAAGUGCAGCAAAUUCUGGAUGCGAUACUCAACGACCACUAG